CCUAUCCAUCCGUUUGUAUGUUGUGUUACGCCGAUAGGACAGGACGUAUCGGUUAAGUGAUCAGAUAAAGUGUUGCAUCGCAGCCCGCGAGUUUGGCUCAUAGCUCUUGCGCAUCGAAGCAGCACGGGGAUCAGCGCGCGCUCUGAACAGCGAAUUGAACAGAACAGGUGUUGGAGAUAAAGGGAGCGAGAGUGAGAGAGAGAGAGAGAGAGAGAGAGAGAGAGAGUGGUACACCGCAACACAACUCGAACCGAGUCCACCGAGAGCCAUGGAGAGCAUGGUGAACGUCUCAGCGCCUCUCUAUCACCUCUCUCAUCUGUCCAACAUCAGCACCUUCUGUCCGAACUUGAGCUCCGGCGGUGGCUGGAACGCGACCCUGCUGGAGAACAGCACGUGUGAGCGACCCACCGACGCGAACAAAGGCUCGACCCCCGUCAUCAUCGCCAUCAUCAUCACAGCGCUUUACUCCAUCGUGUGUGUGGUGGGGCUGGUGGGCAACGUGCUCGUCAUGUAUGUGAUCAUCAGAUACACCAAAAUGAAGACUGCAACAAACAUCUACAUCUUUAACCUGGCCCUGGCAGAUGCCUUGGCUACCAGUACCCUCCCCUUCCAAAGUGUGAACUAUCUCAUGGGCACCUGGCCUUUUGGGGACAUCCUGUGCAAGAUUGUCAUGUCGAUUGACUAUUACAACAUGUUUACAAGCAUCUUCACAUUGACAACUAUGAGUGUAGACCGCUACAUCGCAGUGUGCCACCCUGUGAAAGCUUUGGACUUCAGGACCCCUCGCAAUGCCAAGAUCGUCAACAUCUGCAACUGGAUCCUGUCGUCUGCUAUCGGUCUGCCAGUCAUGAUCAUGGCUUCGACUAUUACUACACUCGACUUCCACAGCAGCGGCAUUGUUGACUGCACUCUUUUGUUUCCUCACCCAUCCUGGUACUGGGAGAACCUGCUAAAGAUCUGCGUCUUCAUCUUUGCCUUCAUAAUGCCUGUUUUGAUUAUCACUGUGUGCUACGGCCUGAUGAUCCUCCGCCUGAAGAGCGUUCGCAUGCUGUCCGGCUCCAAGGAGAAGGACCGCAACCUGAGACGCAUCACACGCAUGGUGUUGGUAGUGGUGGCCGUCUUCAUUGUGUGCUGGACCCCAAUCCACAUCUUUGUGAUCAUCAAGGCCCUGGUGACUAUCCCCAACUCUUUACUGCAGACCAUCACCUGGCACUUCUGCAUCGCCUUGGGUUACACCAACAGCUGCCUCAACCCAGUGCUCUAUGCCUUCCUGGACGAGAACUUCAAGCGAUGCUUCCGUGAGUUCUGCAUACCCAGUCCAUCAGUGCUGGACCUACAGAACUCGAUGCGUUCGACGCGCACCCGCAAUCCACAGCGCGAGGCUCAGUCCAGUCCCACAGUAGAUCGAACCAACCGGCAGGUAUGACUAGCAGUGGAGAUGUCCUCACUGGAUUUGCGCUGCCAGCCCAGUGUUGACAUCAACUCAGAACUCACACAAGUCACCACAGGUCUCUAAGCCGGGGGUGGAACUACCAGUCAGCUGUGAUAGUCAUGAAAAUCUACCAUACCAUUCUAGAUUUCUUCUAAAAUCUAUAUUUCAUAUGCUAAAGUAAUCUAGUUACUAAGAAGAAACCUUACACGAACACAAACAUUUCCACGAAGCUGAAUGAUAAGUAGCCCAGAAUUGCUUGUGCAAACAUCUGCCAUGUUGGCCAUUAGACCAAUUAUGUUUUAUAGGCCAACAUAUGCUGUAUGAUAACUGUUGCAUUUCUGCUUUUCUUUUUUCUUUGACUGUUUGUUUGUCACUGUGUAAUCAUAAAAAGACUGAAAAGAAAUUGUUUUCUCUUCAUCUCCAGUUCCUGUAAUGCUCUAAAUACAUUGUAAAUAAUAUUUUCUUAAAAAAAUAAAUAAAAUCAGUGCUUUAUACUUGUCAAACUGUGCCAUUAGACUGAAUUAAAUAUCCUAGAUAUUUAUGAACAUAUAUUCUGUAUAUCAGUAGUUUAAGUGGAAUGUCACAUCCACACUUUACCACAAGUUUCCAAGCAGCAUAAUAUCAAAGGUGGUGUUUUUUCAGCUGGUCCACCUGCACUGCAAUGUCCUUAAAAAAAAAAACUAUACAUGAUAUAGUUAUAGUUAGACUAGGUUUGUAGUUCUUUGAAUCAAAUGCACAAUGUGAAAAUUAUUUGUUCUUUGACAUGGCACAUACUGUAUGCAAUUGUCAUGCUUCAGUGGUGACAAAUUAUGUAUGUGAUUGUACAAACGUGUUAUUUGUCAAAUCUGAUUUGUAAGAUAAUCAAAUUUACAAUGCUGAGGUCUUAAACUCAAAUAUCUUGCUUGCAUGGCAACAUUUUCUUCAGACAAGAUAUAAAAGUUGUAUUUUCUACAUGUU